UAUUGGAGACUUUUAUUUUGUCUGUGGUUGUGACACGGAAAUGUUUUAGUCCAUGACCUUUAUGGGCUCUGAUCAUUGGAGCGCCUACAAUGUCCUUGUUAGAACUCAGACUCUGAACGCUCUGGGAGGAGAAAAACAAACAUGGAGUAAAUAAUAAUAUAAAUAUAUAAACUAUAUAAAUAUAAAUCUCUCCUCGACCUCAUUCAUGAAUAAACAUCUGUAAUUCCCUGUAAAGAAGAAGAUGUUAAGGGCAGGACCUGUCGUUGCCUGCAUGGCAUGCAGGAAACUUCUCCCCUCCAGAUUUGGUGGGAUUCGGUUCGGCAUCCCGCUGCAGAAGCUCCACCCCCUGUCACGUGCCAUCCACCAUCGCUACUCUACCAACAACGCCCCCCCUCAGCGCCAUUACACCUCCCUCUCCAGACUCCCCGUGCGGCCCCCGAGGUCCCGGGGGGGACACGGCUACCAGCAGCAGCGCUCCUUCUGGGUGGCUCGUCUGGCAGCUCGACUGCUGAAGCUGCGCUACAUCCUGCUGGGAUCCGCCGUCGGAGGCGGCUACACUGCUAAAAAGACGUAUGACGAGUGGAAGGACAUGUUUCCUGAUAUGAGCGAGUACACGUGGAUUGUUCCUGACUUCGUCUGGGAUCUGAGCGAAAAUAUCAAUUUCGAGAAGCUAGCGAGCGCUUUGCCCGAGAUGGACGAGAUCGCUAAGCUGCUGCCGGAUUUCGAGAAGAUUGGAGAGAACUUUACUUUCCUCAAGAGCCUGCUGUCCAGUGGUGUGAAUAGUGCAGUCAUUGGAGCUUCUGGUCUGCGUCUGUUGUUAGAAACUACAGGUGAGCCGAACCUGAGCGCAUCUGAGAUCCAUCCGACAGGCACAGGAGCUGAAAGCAGUGACAAGUUUAAGAAGCAGGGGCUGCUCGGAGAACUCAUUCUCAUUCAGCAGCAGAUCCAGCAGCAUGAAGACGACGCCCGGCGGGCGGCGGGCGGUAACGAGCCCCGCCCCAGUCGUGCUCAAACUCCGCCCCGUGGCCAGGCCCCGAAAUUUCCCCACAAGUCUUCAGAUAAAGAGAAAGUCGACCAGCUGCAAGAGGAGCUCCUUCAUACACAGUUGAAGUACCAGAGGAUGUUGGAGCGUCUGGAGAAGGAGAAUAAAGAGCUGAGGAAGGUGGUGCUGCAGAAAGAUGAUAAAGGCAUUCAUCAGAGGAAAGUCAAGAAGUCGUUGAUUGACAUGUACUCUGAAGUCCUGGACAUUCUUUCCGAUUACGAUUCCAACUACAACACUCAGGAUCACCUGCCGAGGGUGGUGGUUGUAGGAGACCAGAGCGCAGGAAAGACCAGCGUUUUGGAGAUGAUCGCUCAGGCUCGUAUCUUCCCUCGAGGUUCAGGAGAGAUGAUGACCAGAUCUCCGGUCAAGGUGACACUGAGUGAAGGCCCUCAUCAUGUGGCCAUGUUUAAAGACAGCAGCCGCGAGUUCGACCUGGGAAAAGAGGACGAUUUGGCUGCACUGAGGCGUGAGAUUGAGCUGAGGAUGAGGAAGAGUGUGAAGGACGGUCAGACAGUCAGCCCUGAGACGAUCUCUUUGAGUGUGAAAGGUCCAGGGAUCCAGAGGAUGGUUCUAGUGGACUUACCAGGAGUGAUCAGUACGGUGACCACCGGCAUGGCUGCAGACACCAAGGAGACCAUCUUCAGCAUCAGUAAAGCAUACAUGCAGAACCCAAAUGCCAUCAUCCUGUGUAUUCAGGAUGGGUCAGUAGAUGCAGAGCGCAGUAUCGUCACUGAUUUGGUCAGUCAGAUGGACCCUCAGGGCAAGAGGACCAUUUUUGUUCUUACCAAAGUGGACCUGGCUGAGAAGAACCUCGCCAGCCCGAGUCGAAUCCAGCAGAUUAUUGAAGGCAAACUGUUUCCUAUGAAAGCUCUGGGCUAUUUUGCUGUAGUGACCGGAAAAGGCAGCAACAGUGAAAGCAUCGACUCUAUUAAAGACUACGAAGAGGACUUCUUUAGGAACUCCAGAUUGUUAAGAGAGGGGAUGCUGAAGGCCCACCAGGUGACCACCAAGAGCCUGAGCAUGGCCGUGUCUGACUGCUUCUGGAAGAUGGUGCGAGAGUCUGUGGAGCAGCAAGCAGACGCCUUUAAAGCAUCUCGCUUUAACCUGGAGACCGAGUGGAAGAACAAUUACCCUCGCUUACGAGAGCUGGACAGGAACGAGCUGUAUGAAAAAGCCAAGAACGAGAUCCUGGACGAGGUGAUCAGCUUGAGCCAGGUCACUCCGAAACACUGGGAGUCCAUCCUGCAGAAGAAGCUGUGGGAGAGAGUCUCCACUCACGUCAUAGAGAACAUCUACCUUCCCGCUGCUCAGACCAUGGACUCGGGCACCUUUAACACCACUGUAGAUAUCAAACUGAAGCAGUGGACGGACAAACAGCUGCCACACAAAGCGCUGGAGGUAGCGUGGGAGACGCUGCAGGAGGAGUUCGCUCGCUUCAUGGCCGAGUACAAAGGAAAAGAUCAGGACGACAUCUUCGACAAGCUGAAGGAAGCGGUGAAGGACGAGAGCAUAAAGAGGCACAAGUGGAACGAGAGAGCUAUGGACAGUUUGAGAGUGAUCCAGCACAACACUCUGGAGGAUCGCUCCAUCACGGACAAGCCACAAUGGGACGCCGCCAUCCAGUUCAUGGAGGAGACUCUGCAGUCCCGUCUUAAAGACACUGAGGCGGUGAUCAGCGACAUGGUCGGACCCGACUGGAAGCAGCGAUGGCUGAACUGGAAAAGUCGCACACCUGAACAGCACGUUCGCAACGAGACCAAAAACGAGCUGGAGCGUCUGCUGAAGCUGCACGAGGACCACACGGCGUACCUGGCCAACGACGAAGUCACCACCGUGCGGAAGAACCUGGAGUCUCGCGGUGUGGAUGUGGACCCGGUGUUGAUUAAAGACACGUGGCACCAGCUGUACAGGCGCCACUUCCUGCAGAAGGCCUUGUUCCACUGUAACAUCUGCCGGCGAGGGUUUUAUUAUUACCAGAGACACUUUGUAGACUCUGAGCUCGAGUGCAACGACGUGGUCCUGUUCUGGAGAAUCCAGAGGAUGCUGGGCAUCACAGCCAACACUCUCCGACAGCAGCUCACCAACACUGAAGUGCGGCGCUUGGAGAAGAACGUGAAGGAGGUGCUGGAGGAUUUCGCAGAGGACAAUGAGAAGAAAGUGCAGCUGAUUACGGGAAGGAGAGUUCAGCUGGCUGAAGACCUCAAAAAAGUAAGAGAAAUCCAGGAGAAACUUGAUGCCUUCAUAGAAGCUCUUCACAAGGAGAAGUAGUGCAGCAGAAACUUCAGAUGCCUUCGAAGUCCUGAGAGAGAAACGCACUGAUCCAAGAAGACGCCAUCAACACACACACACACACAUGAGCAUAAGCAUAAAUCUCUGCCCCCUUAACGUGUAAGAUGGGGUUUAGGUCCCGUCACACGGCUCUGCUUCAGUCUGUCGUCCCGCAGCGUCUGAUCACCAACGUCUGAGCAUCAGACAUGUAUUAUAUACAACACACACAAGCACAGCAACAGACACACACACUGGUGUACAAAAGUACACACAGCUGGACAGAACACACACCUACACACACACACAGACAUAGGAAUAGCUGGACAAACACACUGACACAUGGACAUACAAACUUACACACACACACACACGGACAGAGAGACACAAUACACAGGUACACACGCAGACAAAAUGACACAAACGUACAACCAUAAAUCAACACAGACAGACAAACCUAAACACUGAUGGACAGAGAGACGUACAAACUUACACACAUACAGAUAUACAACAAGACAGACAGAUAUAUGCAAAAAGAUAGAGACAGACCGCUUGUGUGUGUGUGUGUGUGUGUGUGUGUGUGUGUUGUCUCCCCCUCAUUUUGUCUAUUUCGAGCCCUCGUGCUUCACCUCACACAUUUUUCUCAUUUUAUUUCAGACCUCGUGCACUUUUAGGCCAGCGUUCGCUCCAUGUUUAACGUUUAAGCGAUCGUUACGCCGACCUCGGCACACACGGCGUAGGUGAAACGACCCUGAGCUAUAACGCUAGUGCGAGGUUAGAGUAAUUAGCAUGUAGCGUGUCCUUUAUUUAAAAACCCAUUUAAAAAAAAAAAGCACUUAAAAACAACUGCUUUAUACAGAAAGUAAUGAUUGUGGUGUUCAGAAAUAUUCCUAUGCUUCAAGCUCUCUCAGAUGAGAUCUCACCCCGUUUCUCACAUCUCUCGCUCACGACCUUCGUCCAGACCACACAGAGGAGUGUUUGUUAUUCCACACACACACUUGUACAAACAGGUGAAUAUACACUGUAUGCACAUGUAGAAGCGAAUGAAAUCGUGGAUCAGAGACGACUGCGAGGGCCUCAGAUCAGCGCCGCGCUCAGAACUGAGCUCAAAAAUACCCAGGAACUGGAUUUCUCCUCCGGCGUAGAGUAUAAUGUUUGCAUGUCGUAUUCCAUCUGUUUAUUUAUUAAAUUGGUGUUGAAGGUGAAAUAAAAUGAAUAUUAAUUCCA